UGUUUAGUCUAGUCAACGAUAUAAGUGUUAGUUUCCCAAAAGAGUUGGUGUCAUUCCAGGGAGUUAAAUUUAAGUAACUCUAUCUGGUGUUAAGUUUAAAAUCAACACCUGACAGAGUUGCUCCCAGAAUUUCAACGUAUCUGUGACGUGUUUGUUCAAGAGCGGGGACAGCAGCAGUCUCAUGCAGUCUGGAGCUUACAUCGUGAAAAGGUGGGGACUGGUUGGCAUGACUUGUGCAUAUGAGAAUCAAAGAAGCAUUUCCGCAGUCGAUUUCAUUACAUCAUGUUGGUGAAGGUGAGAUUUGGAGAAACGCAGAAGUAUGUCAAAGUAGCUGAGACUGAAGAUGGUUAUGAUGACUUCAGCACAUUUCUUCAGAAAGUCAUUGUGAAGCUAGGUCUUGCUCUUGAGACUGAGCUACACUUGACAGAUGAAUCAGGGACAGAAGUUGAUGCAGAUGUGUUUGAGGAUCUUUUGCAAGCAGGGAACCUUACUGUUAGGGUGACAACUGAGAAGUCAACAGUUGUGCUUCAACAUGAUUUAUCAUCUACUUCGCUGGAGUCAACCAUGUCAGACAAUUCAUCUGUGUCAGUUUCUGGAGACUCCUUGCUAGCAUCUUCUGACUCAUCUGAUGCCACAGUGAUUGUUCACACAAACGGAGGGACGAGAACACAUGCUGAACGGGAAGCAGCAAAAGAGAUGGUGAGAAAUGCUCUCCAGGUUAAACCAGGUGGACAGGUUAUUUUGGAUGAAUACGAUAAACUGCGAUCACUGACGGAUGGCACAAGAAGACGUUUGGUAAACCUCCUUGUGGCCAACAUGGUUGAAAUUCAUGGGAUGAUCCCACCAGUCUCUGUGAGAACUAAAUAUGCUUUGGGCAUCAUCUCUCUAUUUCCCAGCCUCAAAGAUCCAUAUUCAGACAAUGGAUAUGAACACUUCUAUGACCAACAGAGUGGAUCUGGCUACUUGGCUUGGAGAAUAAAAACUGUUCAGCGCAACUCGGCAGCUCAGUACCGGAGAUCCUCCACCAGCACAGCCUAUCAAGAUAGUCCAAAGAGAAAGAGAGAGGUUUCCUGCACCGAUAAGCAGCUGCUUGGUGAGGAGUGUCGUGAAGCGAUAUCCUUUUUGAAAUAUUCAACUGAUGAAUCGGCAGUCAAAGAGAAGAUGAGGGCCACAUUUCAGUAUCGUCAAACACUGGUUCAAGAUCAACAGUGCUCUUCAACAGUCUUGGAUGUCUUCCCACGAUUCCUUAACAUCACUGGCUUGAUUGACCAGGACUUCACCAUGAUGUUUGGAGAGGAGGUGUCGGGCAGAUUUUUGGCAAAAUGGCCUACUUUUUUCAACCUAGGAUCCUGACAGAGUGCAGAAAACUGACUUCUAAUGAGCACAUUGAAGAGCUCUUGUAUUCGCAGCACGACACAGGCUGGGACAGUGACCUGUCAAGCAUUCUACUGUUGCUUCACUUGCUUCCACCUACCUCCAAAGGCCACAAGAAGAGUGCCAAAAUCAGCUCAUGUCAAGCUGUGGACCAUGUUGUGAGAUAUCUGCAGAUGGGAGCCAGUGUCGAAACCUUCCUUGCUGGUGUGGAACCGGGACAGCCCUUCCUCCUGUGUGUUGGUGAAAACAAGAGCAGCAUCCAAAGAUACUACAUCAUCAUUGAUCACAAGGCCGUCCCUUGCAAGGCACAGACCUCCUUGGCAGCUUUCGAUGAGCUCUUCAAGGCACACUUCAUCUUCAGCGUCAACUACCAUGAAUCCCUCUAUAACUUCUAUACGUUCAUCCAAACCACAGUUUUUAACAUUGAUGUGGGACAUGCCAA